GCUCGACCUCGUAGAACACGUGGUACCUAGUGCAACUGAGCAGUCGAUGGGGACCCGACAAAUGCAAACUCUUCGUUCGGCAGUCGACUUGCGAAAUUCGCGAACCAAACGCGAGUUUAAGUGAUACGACGAUUAUUCGAAUUUUGUGUGAUAUAGCUCAGGUUUUUUUUUCUACUUCUUCUAUGAAUUCUGGUGGUUGUGAUUAUUUGAUAGGUUUUUUCGAGGAUAACCUCAAGAUGGACUGUUGGAUGCAAGACGUGGUUUCAAUGAUGACGGACAGUGGCGUAUCCGGCGAGGUUUCGCCGGAAUCGGUUCCGCAAAUAAAAAAAGAGGUCGACAGUGGCGUGUAUACCGAGUGUUCGCCGUCCAAUAGCAACAUGUAUUCCCCCACCACAACCACAGUGAUAAGCGAAUCUGCGCUCGAUUUCCAAGAAAAUUAUGACACAAAAAUUAGGGCGUCGUCCAGUCCGGAAAGGCAGUAUUGUUCGUCGACCACUCAACCUCAUACAGACUCAGGGAUGGGGCACAUAGAGGGUGAAAUGAAAGAGGAAGAUUCACCUAGGCGACUGUGCUUGGUUUGUGGUGACAUUGCAUCAGGAUUUCAUUAUGGAGUUGCUUCAUGUGAAGCUUGUAAAGCAUUUUUUAAAAGGACAAUACAAGGUAACAUUGAAUACACUUGCCCAGCUUCAGGAGAAUGCGAGAUAAACAAACGAAGACGGAAAGCUUGCCAGGCGUGUCGGUUCAGGAAAUGCCUGAAAUCGGGGAUGCUGAAAGAGGGCGUGCGAUUGGACAGGGUGCGGGGGGGCCGGCAGAAAUACAGACGGAACCCCGACAGCCCCUACCAGGUGCAAGUCGUGUCAGCGCAGAGACCAAUCCUACUCCUAAACGAUAUAAAAAUGUUGGAUGCAUUGAUAUCCUGCGAACCGGAUUGGUUAGAUAUAAAUAAGGCUUUAGAAAAUUCGAAAAAUCGAACACUCUCAUUACUCAGCGACCUGUACGAUAGGGAAUUAGUUGGUAUAAUUGGAUGGGCUAAGCAAAUACCUGGUUUUGCGGAUCUGCCUUUGAACGACCAAAUGCGGUUGUUGCAGAGCACGUGGGCGGAAAUACUUACCUUAACGUUAGCGUACAGAAGUUUGCCGUCGAUAAACUUGGGAAAGUUAAAGUUCGCAACGGAUUUUUCGCUAGACGAGAAACAAUCGAGGGAGUGCGGGGCGCUGGAACUGUACCAAACGUGUUGCCACGCCGUCGAAAGGCUCGACAACCUGUCGAUUCUCAAGGAAGAAUAUUACCUCCUCAAGGCGCUUGUUUUGGCGAACUCUGAUGUGCGUUUGGAUGAAUACUCUUCGUUGAAAAAGUUCCGAGAUAGUAUUUUGAACGCGCUCUCAGACACCAUUACCAUAUUAAGGCCCACAGGUGUUCUCUCACAAAUGCAAAACCUCCUUCUGUGUAUGCCCGCCUUAAGGCAGGCAGAUCACGUGGUGAGGAGGUUUUGGUCCGACGUGCACAGCCAAGAUUUGGUGCCCAUGAACAAAUUGUUUUUGGAGAUGCUCGAAGCGUAUUGCCGGUAGCCAAAAACAUCAAAAUAAGGAAUAUUAACGAAAGAUGAGGAAGUCUUUUCUUAAUAUGCUUUAUUUUAUCCAGCGGUUCAUACGGAUUUUAUAUUUCUACAAAACGAAGCGCUAAAUCAGUGGUCAAUUUCGUAUCGACAAUAUUUCUUGAGCAAUCAACAACGUAGGGAUGUUAGGAUUCGGAAAAAAACGGAAAAAUUGGAGAAAAAAUUCAUCGAAUAAAACCCUAAAAUGUACAUAAUAAUACCUCAUAUUUCAACGACCAAAAUAAUGCAAUAUAACUAAAUUUACUUCUAUAUAAAGUUCCUUUUCGAUUUUAUUAAAUAACUUUAUUAAGUAAAUUUAGUUGUGUCGCAUAAUUUUGGUCUUAGGAAUCAUUUGGUACAAUAUUUCAGGGACACAUGAAUUAUUUUUUCGGGGAUUUACCGAAACACAAGUUUGUAAAAAAAAAUUUUCAAUUAUGGUGAGAUCAAUUUUUCCGGAAAUUUUAAAUCUCUGCAUUCACGGUGAUUUAUUUGAGCAAUACCAUUGUGUUUGAAUAUGGCCUUUAUAAAUGGUUAGCACAAGAAAUGGUGAUUUUUCUGUAUCGCGGCUUUUUCAAAAAAGGAUUUUCCCUUUGAAACUUAAUUCAAAAAUUGAGGGGAAUCCCCAAAAUAUUUUUUAUAAAGUUAAAAUAUUGGGGAAACAAAAAAUAUUUUACAUUGUGUUUGAAUAUGGCCUUUAUAAAUGGUUAGCACAAGAAAUGGUGAUUUUUCUGUAUCGCGGCUUUUUCGAAAAAAAGAUUUUCCCUUUGAAACUUAAUUCAAAAAUUGAGGGGAAUCCCCAAAAUAUUUUUUAUAAAGUUAAAAUAUUGGGGAAACAAAAAAUAUUUUACAUUUCUUAAAAAAUUUCAUUCUUGAUUUCAAACGCCCUUAAAAUCCGAGACAUCAAUUUUAUUGUCUAUGGUUAAUUUGCAAUUUUGAUUUUUCUGAAAAUUUUUGACUGAAAAUUUGUUGAUGAAAAUCAGUUUUUGUUCAAGCAAAAACUUAUCAAUAAUGAAAUUUUAUGAAAAAUGUAAAAUAUUUUAUUUGAUAUUGACUUGAGUUCUGUCAAUGAAACCAGUGCAGUGCAUAGAAAAGGUGAGUUUUAGGCAGUUUGUUGAAUUUAACAUUUUAAAAAUAUAAAUUGGCGAUAUUUGGUAAUAAAAAUUGUUAAAAACAAAAUUAACCAUUUUAUCGAAAAAUCCGCGGUAUCGAAGAUAAACCUAAAAAUAUGACGUAGCACUUGUAGACUAGGCCCAGUGAUAGAUGUUUAGAUUCCUUUAUUUUAAAAUGUAAAGAUUAUUAGAGAUGUGUAUAAUAUACACUGUACAUAGAUCGCAAAUUUAAUCUAUAGUUUACAUAAUUUUUGCUUUAUUUUUGUGCAUAGGUUUUAUGCAUUUUUGCAAUACUUUACCUCAAAAGUUUUAUUUUAAUUUUUUUAUAAAAACCAUUGCAUGUAUAUGCUUAAGUUUUAUAAUAUUAAAAUAAACAGUUUUUCUUUAAGAUCAUACCUACAACAUACCUAUUACUGUGAUUAUUAGUUACAUAAUAUGAAUAAUUGUGUAAUAGAUCUGAAAAAAUUAUAAUUUUGAAUUUUGUAUGUAUUAGGUAACUAAUCUAUACCUAUAGAUCAAGUACAAAAUAUCGUAAAAUUUAACAUUGUGUAUUUUUGUGGUAGUGUACAGAAUUGAACUAUUGUAAAUAUUAUAUUUAAGUACACAUUCAAAAAUGUGAUUUUUAGGUUCCAACUUGUGAUCAACUUUUAACAGAAUUUUUCUGUAGUUAAUUUUUACCAUAUUGCCAUGUAUUUUUCAUUUUUUUAUUGCACAAUUUUUUAAUGUACUUAUUAUUCAUUUUAUUGUACACAUACAUACAUGAAAGAUCUAAAUUUUAAAAAUUGUUUUAUUUAUUU